AUGGCUGCACCAGCAAGUGCCGACAUCAAGAACCUCCAGGGAAAAUGGGUUAUGAGUGACUUCAUCUCAAACAUCAACACAUCACAAUACCAUCCUAACCUAUCUCAGAACAAGUCCCUCUCUGAUGCCUUCGACCCCAUUCUUGCUCUACAAAGCAUCGGCUGGCUUACCCGAAAAGCCCUCGGCGCAGCAACCAUAACCCAACACCUUUACCAAUCGCCGACGACUGGCGAGGACAACGCUCCAACUACACACAUAAAGAUCGACCAACUCAUAACCGGCGGUCUUAAAGGCUCAGUUGAGAACCGUACGUUAGACUGGCACUACCGUGAACACACCGACUGGCUCUUCGGCACUGUCAAGGGACGAUCUCGUUACUCUACGUUGGCCAAGACGGUAGAAGAGGGGAAGAGUGGAGGUGCAAAGGAGGAGGAUAUCAAGUACCUGGCAGAAGGGUGGUUGAAGGAGACAGAGGAAGGGGAUCUUGUGGAGAGCUUUGUGGAUAAUGAUGGAAAUAAAUGGACUGCGUGGCAGAUUUGGGGGUUUGCGGAUAUUGGCGGUGAGAGGAAGUUGACGAGGAGGUUUGUGGUUAGGAAGAAGGGUAAAGACGAGGUUGUCAGGGUUAGGCUUGUGUAUGACUACUUGGGUCCAUUAGAGUAG